AUGGCUCAGGUCGUCCUCGAUGACACGUCUCCGGAACUGCACUACUUCGGGAACUGGACAGUGGGAGGCGAUCCUAAUAACACGUACAUGGGCACUACCCAUUACACCACCACCGCAGGCGACUCGGCAACGUUCUCGUUUACAGGUUCAUGGGUCGGGGUGUACGGCGUUAUUGGUUUCCCCGGUUUGAAUCUGACGUUCGCUCUGGAUGGCGGCGACGGCCCUGGCGCGACUGCCAGCUUCAACGUCACGCGUGCGGACCACCCCGUGUACCACCAGGUGUACUACGACUCCGGGGCCCUCACAUAUGGGGUUCACAACCUCACCAUGACCAACAAGAAUGGCUCUGAGGUCUUCCUCGACUACGUCAUGUAUAACUCCUCCUCCUCCUCCUCCUCGGCAUCGCCGGGCAAUACAACUUCGCAGGUGUCGCAGGUGGCCGCUGUCGCAAGCCGCGGCGGACCUCUGGCUUCGACCAAGGCGGUUAUGGCAGUAGCGAUCGUGCUGCCUCUUUGCGUAAUCGCCGGCCUUUCCUAUUUCUUCGUGCGGAAGAUUCGCGCCGUCGAGAAACGGCUCGCGGUCAUCAGGCCUCAGUCGGGCCCUUCAGGGUACAGCGGCUCCUCCUUUGGUAGUCCGCCUGAGAGGGAGGAGGUCAACCAAGAACCGAGAUCCAUGUUCAUGCGCUCUCUAUUUGCGCCACGGAAAUCGAGGACCGCUUCACGAGCCGCCUCGGUCGUCGACUUGGCGGAGUCCGCUCGCUAUGUUGACUGUGUCGAGGCCGUCGAUCCGCCGAGUCCAUUGGAGCCCCAGCGUGACUCGGACGCUCCUCAACAAUCUAUUAUGCAGAGACUAUUCCCGUUUCUCAGGACGAAGCCAAAACCGAAGUUGGUCGUCACGCCUUUCGUGCAUCCCCCGCCUCCGUUCUAUCAGGACCAAAUAGCCGCGGACGUAAAAGCGCCGCACCCUCUGCGUCCUGUAAGGCGAGACGACUUUCACAAUCCUCUCCGCGCUCGGAAUCCACUUGGGGGAUACGUUCCCGAUGUAUUGCCCACUACCCCAGUGUCAGAGAUUAUGGUCCUCGAACACAACACGACGGCGUCGGAGUUCGGCACCAGUCCGACGACGAGUACGCCAAGGAUAGAUGUUGUGCAAGCACAUACUACAAUUAUUCUCCUGCGCGGUCCACGCAGUCUUGCUCAUCUUCUCACAUUUGUCGCAGUAGAUGUACAUGUACCCGUGGUCACCAGGCCUCCACUCGAACUCGAGCAGGAGUGA